CUAGACAGGUGUUAAACUGAAAAUGGAGCCUUUUAUAAUGGAUAUUGACAGAAGUCUUGACGAUAUCAUUACUGAAAAAAAGAAGCGUAAUCGUGCCAAAAAUCAACAUCGUGGGCGCCAGUGCAGAAAUGACUGGAAAGGUUUCCGUGGGCAGUAUAAAAAUCGAAAACGGCAUCGGUCGCCCCCAUGCCCUGGUUACGUUAUGGUGCACAACCUUCAUCCUCAAGUGGAUAGUAAAGAACUCAAAAUCGUCUUUGAAGUAUUUGGACCUAUUGAUAUGUGUACUGUACAUUACAACUUGUACAAGAAAUCAUUGGGCAUGGCACAUAUAAUAUUUAAGUUUCGUAAGCACGCGGAGAAUGCCAUACAUCAGUACAAUGGUGGAAAACACUGUGGUAAUAUGAUGUUCCUUAAGGAACCAUCCUAUACAGAGAAGAAUGUUCUGGAAUCGUAUUUCUUCAGCAAACGUCGCCAUGAUCAGAAAAUACAACUUGAACGUCAACGUGACCGAGAAGACGAUAGAUGGAGCAGCGAUGACAACUAAUAGAUUCAAAAACAAUUAUUUAAAAAUAUUUCAUUCUAAUUGACUUAAUUAAUUAGAACGCAUUUUGUUUCAUCAUGUAUUUCUAUACUUAUAAAAAAAAACAUUUUUCCUUUACAAAUUAAUAUUCUAACAUGUUAAAUAAGU